AGCACAUCCAGCAACGACUUUCGUUGGUACGACUGUCGCUCCAUCAUAACGAACAACGCUGUAUGCUAAGCCCCGGUGCUAAAAAGCGGAAGACACGCCACUCAGGACGGGAUUUCAGGAUGGAGCGCCAAGAGCCCGGUGCCACCAUGCUUGCUCUUGCCGAUACCGGAUUAUUACGCCUUGUGGACGAGUUGCUUCUCAAUGUUCUCGACCACAUCACGUGCCGUAGAGACCUUCGUAGCUUUGCCGCGACGUGUACACGCCUCCAGGGUUUGGCAGAACCAUAUAUCUGGCGCUCCCUGUUGGUGCUAAGCGGAACACAUGCACGCGACAUUGCUACAGCUUUAGAUCAGCGCGACCAGCGAGUCGACUUCAUUCAAGAGCUCUCGAUUCGAUACAAAGAUCCCCACAAAGAUGGUGUUGAGAUGCUCAAUCAUUGGUUGACGCUGAUGUCGAGACUACGCCACUUUACUCUUGAAACCCCUUGUCCGAACAAUUCGGAAUGGAUUCAUCAAGUCCUCUUUGAUGGGUGGUCAAAGAUUGACUUCUGGAAUUUGUUAGCAAGUGCAGCAUUCCCGCGGGAAGAAUUGCCGGUUGCGUUGCCCGUGCUACAAUCCUUCACCUUGCAUGCGCAUGGAGCAGAUGACAGAAAAUUUCUGUUUGACAAUCGUCUAGCUUCGGUCUUCUACCACCCAACUCUCCGGGAUCUCACUAUUUCUUGUUUGAACAUUAAGAACCAGGAUAUGGAAUCAACAAUUGAAUCUUUCGGCAAAGAACGCAAGUCCACGCCUCUCCGUUCAUUGACAUUCAUCGAAUGUAACAUCGAUUUGGACACACUUCAUACCAUCCUCAGCUUGCCAAAGGCUCUCAAAGAACUGUCCAUUGGCGAACGACUACACGUUUUCGAAGGGGCACGCCCAUCGAUGAACGUUGCAGAACGCACAGCCUCGAAACACUUCCUCCCAGCCCUCCAGCAACAAGCCGAGUCGCUUGAGAAGCUAACCCACAUCGGCGGCUCUAUUCCCUAUUCUGUCGCCCGCGAGACCGACCCCGACGGUGCAGCAAAACUCCGCUCCUUCACCUCCCUCCGCCACAUCGAGAUCGGCUUCGAAUCACACUUAUACUACUAUCUGCGCGCCAACGGCUUCCCCCCACGCCUCUCUUACCUGAAGAUGCUCGACAACGCGCUCUCAAACAACUACUCCCAACUCCCUGACAUCCUAACCCGCACAGUGUUCCACUCGACCACCUCACUUAUGACAAAAUGCUUCCCCUCCAGCGUUCCCGACGACUUUACAUUCCACAUCCACUACUCCCACCACACCGCGUUCCACGUCGAUAACGCGGACGAAUUCAUAAAUACCCUGUUCCUCAGCCGGCCCCUGAUCUACCGCAUCGCAGACAUCCUACACGAGCAUAAGGGCCGCUUCCUGGUGUCGCGCGAUGCGUUCCCCGGCGGUACGGCGUUCAUCCCGCCAUAUAUGUACGGCGAGCAGCUGCCGGUUGAGAGAAUGCUGUAUAGUUCCGAUGACUAUUAUACGUUCAAUGGCAAGGAUUAUCGGGUCUUGGACGAUGAGCGGUUCAAGGCGAAGGUUGAGCGGGAUCUGGUGGUUUGUCCGAAGUGCGAGAGAAGGGGGUGGAGUGAGAGGCAGUGUAAGCAACUCGGUGAUGGGAGCAGGUGUCAGCCGUGUUAUAGGGAUGGUGUGGAGUGUGGGUGGGCGAGGGAUAGGAAUGGGCAGCUUGUGAGGCCGAAGGGUGAGGGCGGGGAUGGGGAGGUUGGUGCCGAGGUGGUGACAGAGACUUGACGAGCUCAGUAGUCUGCUAAGGGAGGCGAGCGAAAGUAUGCGUGGAAUAGACCAUCUUAUCUAUCUCGACUGGAUCCUCCUGAAUGGUGAUGCCUCG